CUUCCUCUCUGCUGGGCGCGCUGGCUGGAAGGUCUGAAACGUAGAGUGGAAGUUGCACUGGAGAGAAAGCCGGCAUGGCUUCCUCACGCACGUCGUCUUCCACGGCAACCAAAACGAAAUCCCCUGAUGACUUGGUCGCACCUCUAGUGAAGAAACCGCACAUCUACUAUGGAAGUCUGGAAGAGAAGGAGAGGGAACGGCUGCUUAAGGGCGAAUCUGGGAUUUUGGGGAAAGAAGGACUUAAAGCAGGAAUUGAAGCAGGAAAUAUUAACAUCACCUCUGGCGAAGUGUUUGAAAUUGAAGAGCACAUCAGUGAACGCCAGGCCGAAGUGCUUGCUGAGUUUGAGAGAAGAAAGCGAGCCCGGCAAAUCAAUGUUUCCACGGAUGACUCCGAGGUCAAGGCUUGCCUCAGAGCCUUGGGGGAGCCCAUCACGCUUUUUGGAGAAGGUCCUGCCGAGAGACGAGAAAGAUUAAGAAACAUCCUCUCAGUAGUCGGUACUGAUGCCUUAAAAAAGACCAAGAAAGAUGAUGAAAAGUCUAAAAAGUCCAAAGAAGAGUAUCAUCAGACUUGGUACCACGAGGGACCCCACAGUCUAAAGGUCGCUAGACUGUGGAUCGCUAAUUACUCUCUGCCCAGAGCAAUGAAACGCUUAGAGGAAGCGCGGCUUCAUAAAGAGAUUCCUGAGACAACUCGGACCUCCCAGAUACAAGAACUGCACAAAUCACUUCGGUCUUUGAAUAAUUUCUGCAGUCAGAUUGGGGAUGAUCGACCUAUCUCCUUCUGUCACUUUAGUCCCAAUUCCAAAAUGUUGGCUACGGCUUGUUGGAGUGGACUUUGCAAGCUCUGGUCUGUUCCCGACUGCAAUCUUCUUCACACUCUUCGAGGCCAUAACACAAAUGUGGGCGCCAUUGUGUUCCAUCCUAAAUCCACUGUCUCCUUGGACCAGAAGGCUGUCAACUUGGCCUCUUGUGCUGCUGAUGGGUCUGUGAAGCUUUGGAGCCUGGACAGCGAUGAACCGGUGGCAGAUAUUGAAGGCCAUACGGUGCGUGUGGCCCGGGUGAUGUGGCAUCCAUCAGGACGGUUCCUGGGCACUACCUGUUAUGACCACUCCUGGCGCUUGUGGGACCUGGAGGCUCAGGAGGAGAUUCUGCAUCAGGAAGGCCAUAGCAUGGGCGUACAUGACAUCGCCUUUCAUCAGGAUGGCUCUCUAGCUGGCACUGGGGGCCUAGAUGCAUUUGGCCGAGUGUGGGAUCUGCGCACAGGACGCUGUAUCAUGUUCCUGGAAGGCCACCUGAAGGAGAUCUAUGGAAUAAAUUUCUCCCCCAAUGGCUACCACAUUGCAACUGGGAGCGGUGACAACACCUGCAAAGUUUGGGACCUUCGGCAGCGGCGCUGUGUCUAUACCAUCCCGGCCCAUCAGAACUUGGUGACCGGGGUCAAGUUUGAGCCUAUCCAUGGGAAUUUCUUGCUCACCGGUGCUUAUGAUAACACAGCUAAGAUCUGGACCCACCCUGGCUGGUCCCCACUGAAGACCCUGGCUGGCCAUGAAGGCAAAGUUAUGGGACUAGAUAUUUCUUCCGAUGGGCAGCUUAUAGCUACGUGCUCAUAUGACAGGACCUUCAAGCUCUGGAUGGCCGAAUAGGCAAAACCAUGGGGAAUGGAAUCAAACCUCAGGCCCUCCCUUAAAAGAGCUAUUUUCAAAAGAAAGGAAUGGAGUCUUUGUGUUUCUCCAGUCUUCAAAAACAGAACCUCAACAGAAGGGAUUCCCAUGGGUGCACCUACUGCAGACGGGUUUCCCUGUCUGUGUGUGUGGGUCAGACCCCUUUUGUGGUUUGAGGUUUUCGUGUUCAUCUUCAAGCUCUGCCUCAGACAAUGUAGAUAGUGUUUUUAUGAAUCUUUUGUUUGAAUACCUGAGUGCCUACUUCACAGCACCCAGACUCUAGUUUGAGAGACUUUAGCUUCCCAUGAUGGCCUGGGAGUCACAAAACAAGGCAGCUGGACUAUCAUCUGGACCGUGGACUGUUUCACAGAGUUGGGCAGAGGCAGUUGGCUGCUCUGAUAAGGAUGAGAAGGCUCACAUAGACCAGUUCUUUGGGUUCUGCAAUGAAAUUCAUGGAAUACUGAGAACCGUAUCAGGAUGCUCAGUACUGAAUGUUGGCCUUGAAGUUUGUAUUUGUGUGAUCCCCUCCUGGGUCACUGUCGGGAGUCCCUGGAAUGUUGAGGGAUCAAACCUGUUUUAGCUGUGCCACCACCUUCGGUU